GUGUGCGCAGUCCACACAGCCGGCCCAAGCCCGCUGGACCCCACCUGCCCUCUCCGCGCUGUCGUCUUCUCCAGAGAGAUCGAGGGGACGCGUGUGCCGGCCGACAUCAGCGAGCAACCGCCGCAGCUCUCCUCUCCCCUUGAAGCAUCCCCAGCCACCCAAACCCUAACCCUACUCCCCCCACUCCCUUCCGCCGCUGCCAGGUGGGUCUCCCCCUCUGUUUCCUUCUCCACCAAGCAAGCCGAGGAGCGCCAGAGCAUCGCCGGAGCAGGCCACCGCGGCCAGCGUCCUCCGCCGGCGUUUUCUGCGUGACCAGGAGCCCCUCCUGCACGACCACUUCCUCUACUCGGACGACCUCGAGCUCGGACGUCUCCACGCCGUCGAAUUGGUCGACCUCCUCCUCUUCGGUCUGUUCGCCGUCACCGUUCAAAUUCGCCGCCGGCAGACCUCCUCCGCCCUUUUCGGCUACGCCAGCAUCACCAGGGAAGAAGAAAAUGAACACCAUGCUGUCAGAAAAUGCUGAAAGGAGGCCAAGUGUGCUUGAUAAUCUGCAAAAGCAGCUAGAUGAGGCUGUCCUCGACAUGCAACUUUAUGGAAAAGCUCUAGAUGUGUUUGAGGAUGAUCCUGCUACCCGUGGCAUAUUACACGACCAUCUGCUCAGAACUAUGGGUACUCCAAUAGUCGACAAGAUUUUAUUUGGUCUGGAUAAGGACAACAAAUUGAAGAAUGGAAUGGAGUUUGAAGACAGUGAAGAACAGCAUGUUCAGCUCAGCACUACUGAGCGUACUUUUCUGGCAAAGGAUCUUCCAGGGCAAUUGUCAUCAAAGGCUCAAGCUUUAGUCGAAGCGCUGGAGGGAAAGCGGUUUGAUUCAUUUAUGGACGCCUUAAGAGAUACAGCAGAGGAAAGUGGUCUGUUAUUUAAGAAGCUUGAUGAAAGACUUGAGCCAUUAAUGCUGCAUUCCCACCGCAAGGAUUUGAUAGCACAAGUUUCUUCAGAGACUGAUCCAGUGUCCUUCCUCCCAAAAGUUGUUGCUCUGCUUUUUCUCCAGGUUUGCUUCAUUGUAUCUUUCCUGAAAUAACACUCCUGCUUUCUC